CCCCACGGCGCUCCUCCCAAUCAGCAGAGAGAACGCACGUCCUUGCGGAAGUGACGGCAGUUCCGAGUCCAGUGGGGGCGGUGGGAGCGAUGAGGGUCUGAGACGGUGGGAGCGGUUGUGUGAAGAUGGAGUUUCCCGGAGGAAAUGACAAUUACCUGACGAUCACAGGGCCUUCGCACCCCUUCCUGUCAGGGGCCGAGACAUUCCAUACACCAAGCUUGGGUGAUGAGGAAUUUGAAAUCCCACCUAUCUCCUUGGAUUCUGAUCCCUCAUUGGCUGUCUCAGAUGUGGUUGGACAUUUUGAUGACCUGGCAGACCCUUCCUCUUCACAGGAUGGCAGUUUUUCAGCCCAGUAUGGGGUCCAGACAUUGGACAUGCCUGUGGGCAUGACCCAUGGCUUGAUGGAGCAGGGCGGGGGGCUCCUGAGUGGGGGCUUGACCAUGGACUUGGACCACUCUAUAGGAACUCAGUAUAGUGCCAACCCACCUGUUACAAUUGAUGUACCAAUGACAGACAUGACAUCUGGCUUGAUGGGGCAUAGCCAGUUGACCACCAUUGAUCAGUCAGAACUGAGUUCCCAACUGGGUUUGAGCCUAGGGGGUGGCACCAUCCUGCCACCUGCCCAGUCACCUGAAGAUCGUCUUUCAACCACCCCUUCACCUACUAGUUCACUUCACGAGGAUGGUGUUGAGGAUUUCCGGAGGCAACUUCCCAGCCAGAAGACAGUCGUGGUGGAAGCAGGGAAAAAGCAGAAGGCCCCAAAGAAGAGAAAAAAGAAAGAUCCUAAUGAACCUCAGAAACCAGUUUCAGCAUAUGCUUUAUUCUUUCGUGACACACAGGCUGCCAUCAAGGGACAGAAUCCUAAUGCCACUUUUGGUGAGGUUUCAAAAAUUGUGGCCUCCAUGUGGGAUAGUCUUGGAGAGGAGCAAAAACAGGUAUAUAAGAGGAAAACUGAGGCUGCCAAGAAAGAGUAUCUGAAGGCACUGGCUGCUUACAAAGACAACCAGGAGUGUCAGGCCACUGUGGAAACAGUGGAAUUGGAUCCAGCACCAUCAUCACAAACUCCUUCUCCACCUCCUAUGGCUACUGUUGACCCAGCAUCUCCAGCACCAGCUUCAAUAGAGCCCCCUGCCCUGUCUCCAUCCAUUGUUGUUAACUCCACCCUUUCAUCCUAUGUGGCAAACCAGGCAUCUUCUGGAGCUGGGGGUCAGCCCAAUAUCACCAAGUUGAUUAUUACCAAACAAAUGUUGCCCUCUUCCAUUACUAUGUCUCAAGGAGGGAUGGUUACUGUUAUCCCAGCCACAGUGGUGACCUCCCGGGGGCUCCAACUAGGCCAAACCAGUACAGCUACUAUCCAGCCCAGUCAACAAGCCCAGAUUGUCACUCGGUCAGUGUUGCAGGCAGCAGCAGCUGCUGCUGCUGCUGCUUCUAUGCAACUGCCUCCACCCCGACUACAGCCCCCUCCAUUACAACAGAUGCCACAGCCCCCGACUCAGCAGCAAGUUACCAUUCUGCAGCAGCCUCCUCCACUCCAGGCCAUGCAACAGCCUCCACCUCAGAAAGUUCGAAUCAAUUUACAGCAACAGCCUCCUCCUCUGCAGAUCAAGAGUGUGCCUCUACCCACUUUGAAAAUGCAGACUACCUUAGUCCCACCAACUGUGGAAAGUAGUCCUGAGCGGCCUAUGAACAACAGCCCUGAGGCCCAUACAGUGGAGGCAACUUCUCCUGAGACUAUCUGUGAGAUGAUCACAGAUGUAGUUCCUGAGGUUGAGUCUCCUUCUCAGAUGGAUGUUGAAUUGGUGAGUGGGUCUCCUGUGGCACUCUCACCCCAGCCUCGAUGUGUGAGGUCUGGUUGUGAGAACCCUCCCAUUGUGAGUAAGGACUGGGACAAUGAAUACUGCAGCAAUGAGUGUGUGGUGAAGCACUGCAGGGAUGUAUUCUUGGCCUGGGUAGCCUCUAGAAAUUCAAACACAGUGGUGUUUGUGAAAUAGUCCUUCCUGUUCUCCAAGCCAGUGAAGAGUUAUCUGCUGGGAACGUGUCCAAGAGCCUGUUUUUGAAACACAAGCUGGGCUUCUGGUAGUGCCUCAUCACAAACCAUGAUGGCCGUUCAUGUUUCACCCCUUUUCUUCCUUCAGCAGAGGCCAGGCUAUGGAGCAGGGCCACUGAAUUUGCUGUAAUCUGGAGAUGCUUUUUACUUUCAACCAUAAGCAGAAAUAUCAGUGGUAAUAGCAGAGGAAAGGGUGAAGGGAGUCUGGGCAAGCAAAGCAUAGAGAUGGUAUGGGUGGUGGUGGGGUAGAAGAAACUUGUUGGUAUAAUUGUCAUAGGACUUGCCUAAAAUAUUAUUAAAAUUACGGGAGUGUACUCA